GAAACCUCAGGGCUUGAUGUUGUCUAGACAUGUAAGAGGUGUGCUUGUGUUGCGUUGCCAGAUAAUUAUGGGCUCACCGGAGUAAGCGCAUGCUGUUGGUUAAGAUAUAAAAACCCCUAUUAGACCCCAGCUGACAGCUUCCCAAGAACAUGCAGGAUCUACUGUUCUGACCAGCAGCGGCUCAACAAGUAGAGCACUGGACAGCUGACAGGGGUGUGAUUUUUAGGAAUGUUAUUUCCUUUUUUCUUUGUCCUGUUUAUUUAGCCAGAAGCUGUAAAAAGUGCUUAACCUUGAGGUUUCCCCGCUGCGAUUAAGGUUGUGGUCAAACUCCCUGACUGCGUUUGUGUGUGCAGCUGCAGUCUGGAUGUAAGAUUGGGUCAGCGCUUGAGUCGGUUACCCUGCUUUAGUGUGCGAUGUGUGGGUCCUCUAUCCCGCUGCGUCUGCUGCUCUGGAUCGUAGGAGCAGCUGUCUCUACAACGCAAGGUAAAGUUUUAGCUCCCGCUAAUCUGACCGCAGAGACAGGUCAUCCCUUACUGCUCGGCUGCAACAUCACUACGGAGCCAGGUGAUAUGGUCCACCAAGUGCGCUGGCUCAACAAGCACCACAAGCUCAUUCUGGCGUACGAACAGACGGUGUCGCCCCGCAUCAGUCACCAAGACCACAAUGUGCAGCUUACUGUCUCCCAUCACAAUGCUAGCUACAUAACCUUCACGAAAGUGCAGGCUGCUGACAGCGGCUGCUACCACUGCAUCUUUGAUGUUUACCCCAAGGGCACGCAACAAGGCUUGGCAUGCUUCAAUAUCAUCGGAAAAGUGCAUUUCGAUGGCAAUAAGACGGCCAUAAGUGGAAAGCCGACCACCCUUUCAUGCUGGUACAGCCUCCCUGGCAGGGUCCGACAGGUCUUGUGGAGGAAGACAGCCGAGCAGGGUGACACCACCACUGUUGGCUCCGUUGCUGAAGGCAACCAUUACAAAAUAGAGGAACAGUUCAAGGGUCAGCUCAGCCUUAGCCGAACCCUGGGACACACUGAGCUGACGAUAAAGGCUGUCCGAACGGUGGACGAGGCCUGCUACACCUGUGAGUUCCACACGUACCCAGAUGGCACCCGGGCCGCCACCACAUGCCUCUCUGUUUAUGUUUUACCCAAACCAGAGGUGAGCCAGGUGACCUCACCUUCAGGGAUCACUGAGGCCAACUGCACGGCCAAGUCCCGGCCUGCGGCGGAGAUCACAUGGAACGUCGGCAGUGACAACCGAACCCUAGGCCCACCAUUUUCGUCGGCCUACGAACAAGGCGACGGUACAACGGUAGUGACGAGCACACUACUCUUCCAGUCUGGGCUGUUCAGCGACCUGUCCAUCAAGUGCAUCGUGCACCACCCGGGUUUGAAUAAACCCCUGAUGAUGUCCCUCAACACAAACAUGGGUCCAGCCAUGCUUAUCCUCAUCUCUGUGUGCGGUGUGGCAGCGGUCCUCCUCUUGUGCUUGUGUGUGUGUCUCUGCAAGUGCUUCAUCUGUACGGAUGACUGAUUUGGAGUCUGGCGUCACCGCUGCUUUGAUGAAGGUCCAGUGAAGCUCUGAGCCUGACCUAGCUGCUCAGCACCGUGCCCUUCAGUUCAGUAUUCAGAGGAAGGAGGAAGGGAACAGAGCUGAGCCAACACUGGGCUGAGCUGAGAGGGUACUGCUAGUGUGGACACCAAUUUACUACAAAGUAAACAAAACUAAAACCACAUUAUUUAAUGCUAGUUAUUAUACUUACAGUAGAGCACUGGAGAUGAUUGUUGAUGAAACCCUUUUAUAUAAAAGAUAGCAAGGCUGAGAGAUGCAGAAGUAGAUGUGGCAAAAUGGAGCUCCAGUGGUGAGAUUAAACAGUGCUUCCUCUCUUAAGAAGUCGUUGUAGUGUCUGUACAUGUGUGUGUUUGUAUGUGUGUUUUAGUUAUUCUCUGAUGUCAGAAAAUGGUGUGAUAAGUUAUAUAUUUUUUCAAUUUUCAGUAGCUAUAUGAUUGCAUGGAGUGUCAUGUAAAUUUACAGUUGUGGUCAGAAGUUUACAAACACUCAUCGAGGGUAUGAAUGUCAUGGUUAUUUGAGGAUUUUUAAUGAUUUCUUUGAACUUUACUUUUUCCAGGGUGGAAUGAUUGUGCAAUAUAAAUCUUUAAUGACUUCAAAAAACAAGACUUGAGUGAACAAGUUUGAACUGAUUUUGGAUUUUCUUUAAUCCAAACAGGGUCCAAAUUACACAUAAAGCUUGAAACACCACACUAACAUUUGGUUAAGUGUUCUUUAGCAAGUUGCACUUUAGCCAGAUGUACUUGGUAGUCAUCAAGAAGCAAAAACCGCUCUUGUUGCCAAAAUUUGUAGACUUCAUUUAAGUUGGUUGGUUAGCUGACACAGACCUGGCUUUAAAGUUUUGUUCACAAAUUUUCAGUAUGGUUGAGGUUUAAGAAGACCAUUCCAACAGCUUCUUGUCAGCCCGUUUAUACCUUCCAAAACCAGUUUUGAUGUGUGUUUCAUUGUCCUGUUGGAGCACUCAGUUGUGUUGUCAGCCAACUAGAUGUUGAUUUGAGGUGAAGUUGCAGAAUUUGGAGGUAGUGAUUCUCAUUCAUUAUUACAUUUACUCUGUGGAAUGCCCCCAGUACCACUGGCUGCAAAACAGUCUCCAUGCCUUGUGUCAUUGUGGCUAGACAGCUCAAUCUUUGUCUCAUCUGACCAUGAAACUCUUCUCCAGAAGGCAUUUGUUCCGUGCGGCUGCUACAAAUUUUAGUCGAGCUUGAAGGUGUCAGUUUUGGAGCAGAGUUGGCAUCUCAGUCCAUGGUGAUGUAAAACUGGCCUCACUGUGGACAGUGUUGCUGGUGUUCCAGUAGUUUCCAGCUCAUGGCACGCUUGAGCCUUGAUGUUCCUGAACAUCCUAAGCAAAUUCCUCAAAUCUGAUGGUGACACUUUUGGUCUUUUUCCAGAUCUUGGCAAAGUGGUGAUGCAUCUGAAUACCUUGUACUUACUUGUUUGAACAGUCUGCAGUUGUUUAAAAAUGGCUUCAAGAGACCUUCCCAACUUGUAGAUAUCUACAAUUCUCCUACUUAGAACUUCUCAAUUUUUACAAUAUUGGUAAAUCCAAUGAGUGCUGAAAAAACAAAUCCUUUUUUUGCUAGCAAUUGAAAUGACCAGUUGUAGUCAAUUAUGAUGACUAGUGAGACGUUAACAGGCUUUGCUCUUGUCAAGUUAAAGACAAUGUAAAACCUUUAGCGCCACUUAUUCAAAGAUUUAAAUAAGGAAAUGUAUGUAUGUGAGUCUGUAUGCAUGUUUGAGCCUGUGUGGAUUAGAGAAAAUCCAAGAUAAGUUCAAACUUAUGGAAUCCUGUACAAUCAUUCUGCCCUGGAAAAAGAACAGUUCAAAGAAAUCAUUGGAAGCCCAAAAUUACUAUGACAUUCAUGUCAUUCAUGAGUGUUUGUAAACAUCUGACCACAACUGUAACUACAUUUUUUCUAUCAUGUUUGGAAUUGUGAUAAUAUAGUAGAUAAUAACAUGUUGUUAUAUAUAUAUAU